GUAUCUGUAUCCCUAACAGAACCAAGAUGGAGGCACCGUAGAAAAGGACAGAGAUAUCUAUCACAUCUACCGGAGCCUUGUAUAUCCUGGAUGUGCUGCUUGAGGAUGGCUUGAAUAACUACCGCUGCACCACUCGGCACCGCUACACCGGGGAGACCCGACAGAGCAACAGCGCCCGGCUUUUUGUGUCAGAUCCUACCAACUCCGAGCCAGGCAUCCUCGAUGGCUUCGACCGGCAAGAGGUCAUGGCGUCCCAGCGCGUGGAGCUGCCCUGCAAGGCGUCGGGCUACCCCAUGCCCAAGUACCGCUGGCUGAAGGACAACAGCCCCCUGGAGCCUGACAGCCGCUCCCGCCAGACCCUCACGGGCCUGCUGAUCGAGAGCGCCCAGCCCACGGACGAGGGCAUCUACGUGUGUGAGGUGUGGAACAGCUACGGCAACGCAGAGGUCAUGGGGCAGCUGGUGGUCAAACAGCCUCUGAAGGCGGUGGUGAGUCCACGCAAGGUGAAAGGCAGCGUGGGUAGUAAGGUGUCCCUGUCCUGCAGCGUGACUGGCUCAGACGACUACGAGCUGUCCUGGUACCGCAACGGCGAGAUCAUCUAUCCCGGCAACAACGUGCGGAUCACUGGGAUCAACCGGGAGAACCUGAUCAUGGAGGGGAUGGCCAAGAGUGAUGGGGGAGCAUACCAGUGCUUCGCCAGGAGGGGGAAAAUGUCCGCCCAGGACUUUGUCCAGGUCAUCCUAGAGGACGGCACCCCCAAGAUCCUGUCCUCGUUCAGCGAGAAGGUGGUCAACCCCAACGAGGCCGUCUUCCUGGUGUGCAACGUGAAGGGAACGCCUCCGCCCUCCUGCACCUGGUCCCUGGACGACGACCCGGUGAUCAAGGACGGCCACCACCACCUGGGCCACUACGAGAGCCACGAGGGGCACGUGGUGAGCCAGCUGAACGUCAGCCACACCCAGGUGCAGGACGGGGGCGUGUACCGAUGCACCUGCAGCAACUCGGCCGGGACCGUCUACCACCAGGCUCGCAUAAACGUAAGAGGCCGUGCCAGCAUCCGACCAAUGAAAAACCUCACGGCUAUUGCCGGGCGGGACGCCUAUGUGCACUGCCGCGUGAUUGGCUACCCGUACUACUCCAUCAAGUGGUACAAGAACUCGGCCCUGCUCCCGUUCAACCAUCGACAGCGGGCGUUCGAGAACAACGGCACGCUGAAGCUGUCCAACGUCCAGCAGGUGGACGAGGGGGAGUACAACUGCAAGGUGAUGGUGCAGCCCAACAAGAUGGACUCCCAGAGUGUCCACGUCAGCGUUAAAGUCCCUCCUUACAUCCAGCCCUUCGCCUUCCAGCGCUUCUCCAUUGGUCAGCGCGUCUUCAUCCCCUGCGUGGUCAUGUCAGGUGACCAGCCCCUGGACAUCACCUGGCAGAAAGAUGGCCGUCCCAUCCCCGCCAGCCUGGGCGUCACCAUCGACAACAUCGAGUUCACCAGCUCGCUGCGGAUCUCCAACCUGUCCCCCGACCACAACGGCAACUACACCUGCAUCGCCCGCAACGAGGCGGCGGCUGUGGAGCACCAGAGCCAGCUGAUCGUCAGGGUUCCUCCCCAGUUUGUGGUGCAGCCUGAGGAUCAGGAUGGUAUCUAUGGCAAGGCUGUGACCCUCAACUGCUCCGCCGAGGGCUACCCGCGCCCCACCAUCGUGUGGAAGCACUCCAAAGGUGCGGGUGUGCCCCAGUUCCAGCCCAUCCCUCUCAACACAGGCUCCCGCAUCCAGCUGCUGGCCAACGGCUCUCUGCUCAUCAAGCACGUCCUGGAGGAAGACAACGGCUACUACCUGUGCAAGGUCAGCAACGACGUGGGAGCCGACGUCAGCAAGUCCAUGUACCUCACCGUCAAAAAGGCCCCGGACCCUCCCGAAGUGGAGAUCCGAGAGGUGAGGGACCGCACCAUCGCCCUGCGCUGGACCAUGGGCUUCGACGGCAACAGCCCCAUCACAGGAUAUGACAUCGAGUGCAAGAACAAAUCAGCCUCCUGGCUCUCAGCCCAGGUGACCAAAGAUGUGUCUCCUCAACUCAACCAGGCCACCAUCAUCGACCUCCAUCCCUCCUCCACCUACAACAUCCGCAUGGUGGCUAAAAACACCAUCGGCAACAGCGACCCCAGCAACGAGCUCACCAUCACCACAGACGAAGCAGCCCCUGACGGCCCUCCACAGGAUGUCCAACUGGAGGCCACCUCCCCUCAGAGCAUCAAAGUCACCUGGAAGCCCCCCCAGAGGUACCUGCAGAACGGGGUGAUCCGGGGCUACCAGGUGGGCUUCCGGGAGUACAGCCCGGGGGGCAGCCACCAGUUCACCAUCAUCAGCAUGGACUCCACAGGGGACACCAGCGAGAGCCUCGUCCUGGACAACCUCCGCAAGUUCACCCAGUACAGCGUGGUGGUCCAGGCAGCCAACCGGGCCGGCACGGGGCCCUCCUCCCAGCAGGUGGUCACCAAGACCCUGGAGGACGUGCCCUCUCGGCCCCCUGAGAAUGUCCUGGCCACCGCCAAGUCUCCGGAGGUCAUCUCUCUGUCCUGGCUGCCCCUCCCCAAGGAGGCCCUCAACGGAAACCUGCAGGGAUACAGAGUCAUCUACUGGGCCAACCUGCCUGAUGGAGAGCUGGGUGAGAUCAGGAACGUUACGACCGGCCAGCCGUCACUGGAGCUGGACGGUCUGGAGAAGUACACCAACUACAGCAUCCAGGUGCUGGCCUUCACCAGGGCUGGAGACGGCGUCCGCAGCGAGCAGAUCUUCACCAGGACCAAGGAGGACGUUCCUGGUGCCCCUGCAGGUGUGAAGGCUGCAGCCUCCACCAGCUCUGUGGUGUUCGUCUCCUGGCUUCCUCCUCUCAAACUCAACGGCAUCAUCAGGAAGUACAUAGUGUUCUGCUCCAACCUGCACCCCAUGGUGAUGAGUGAGUUUGAGGCUUCUCCGGACAUGUAUUUCUGCAGGAUACCAAAUUUGGCCCGCAACAGACAGUACAGCAUCUGGGUGGUUGCUGUGACAGCAGCCGGCCACGGUAACAACAGUGAGAAGAUCACCGUGGAACCCCUGGCCAAAGCUCCUGCUCGGAUCCUAACCUUUAACGGCACAGUGACCACCCCCUGGAUGAAAGACAUUGUCCUGCCCUGCAAGGCUGUGGGCGACCCUCCACCCACCAUAAAGUGGCUCAAAGGAAACACCAAUGGAACCCCUACCCCGGUUCUGGUGGAUGGACGACGCAGUGUCCAUGGCAACGGCAGUUUCAUUAUUCGGACAGUGAAAGCCGAGGAUUCUGGGAACUACAGCUGUGUGGCAAGCAACAACUGGGGCUCUGAUGAGAUUACACUCAACCUGCAGGUUCAAGUUCCCCCAGACCAGCCCCGCCUCACCGUUACCAAGACAACCACCACAUCAAUCACUUUGUCCUGGAUACCGGGAGACAACGGAGGGAGCUCCAUCAGAGGCUACAUCCUCCAGUACUCAGAGGACAACAGCGAGCAGUGGGGCAGCUAUCCCAUCAGCCCUAGCGAGCGCUCCUACCGUCUGGAGAACCUCAAGUGUGGCACCUGGUACAAGUUCACCUUGACGGCCCAGAACGGCGUGGGCCCCGGACGCAUCAGCGAGAUCAUUGAAGCAAAGACUCAUGGGAAAGAACCUCAGUUCGCCAAAGAACACGAACUCUUCGCAAGCAUCAACUCCACCCGCGUGCGGCUCAACCUGAUUGGCUGGAACAACGGCGGCUGUCCAAUCACCUCCUUCACGUUGGAGUACCGCCCCGUGGACACGGCGGUGUGGACCACGGCCCAGCGCACCUCGCUGACCAAGAGCUACAUCCUGUAUGACCUGCAGGAGGCCACGUGGUACGAACUGCAGAUGAAGGUCACCAACAGCGCCGGCUCCGCAGACAAGAAGAUCACCUUCGCCACGCUGAACGCCGAUGGAAGUACCAUUCCCCCCCUGCUGAAGACGGUGGACCCCAUCUCGGACAACAUGUCCGGGAGAGGCAGCCUGAAGAUGAUGGUGACCAUCACCAGCCUCCUGGUGGCCGGCGUCCUGGUCUUCAUCCUCUUCAUGGUGCUGAAGAGGAGGAGGCGGGAACAGAGGCUGAAGAGGCUACGCGAUGCAAAGAGCCUGGCCGAGAUGCUGAUGAGUAAGAACACGCGGACCCCGGACACGGUGAACAAGCAGCAGCAGACCCUGAGGAUGCACAUCGACAUUCCCAGAGCUCAGCUGCUCAUCGAGGAGAGAGACACCAUGGAGACCAUCGACGACAGGUCCACAGUGCUGCUGACCGACAAUGACUUUGGGGAGACGUCCAAGCAGAAGUCCUCCACCGUGACCCACACGGUCCACUACCAGUCCCUGUCCCAGGCCACCGGCCCCCUGGUGGACGUGUCCGACGCCAGGCCUGGAACCAACCCGCCGCACCGCCGCACGGCCAAAGCGGGCCCCGCUGCUGCCCGGAGCCGCUACGCCAGCCAGUGGACCCUGAACCGGCCCAACCCCCCUAGCUCCUCCCACACUCUGACCACCGACUGGCGGCUGCCCACGCCGCGCGCCACCGGCUCUGUGGACAAGGAGAGCGACAGCUACAGCGUCAGCCCCUCUCAGGACACAGACCGGGCGCGGAGCAGCAUGGUCUCCACGGAGAGCGCCUCCUCCACAUACGAGGAGCUGGCGCGGGCCUACGAGCACGCCAAGAUGGAGGAGCAGCUGCGCCACGCCAAGUUCACCAUCACCGAGUGCUUCAUCUCCGACACGUCCUCGGAGCAGAUGACGGCGGGCACCAACGACUACACGGACAGCCUGGCGUCCAGCACGCCCUCCGAGUCGGGCAUCUGCCGCUUCACCGCCUCGCCGCCCAAGCCCCAGGACGUCAGCCGCGUCAUGAACAUGGCCGUGCCCAAGGCCCACAGACCGGGAGGAGAGCUGGUUCACCUGCCGCCCUACCUACGCAUGGAUUUCCUUCUGAACCGCGGCGUCCCGGCGUCCACCCGGCCCGGGGGCAGCAGCGCCACGGCCAGCGCCAGCAGCGUCGCCAGCGGAGGGGAGGGGGGAGGCGGUGGAGGAGGAGGAGGAGGAGGAGGAGGAGGAGGAGGGGCGCUGGGCCAGGUGUGCCUGGAGCCCCAGAGGAGCCGCACCCUGAAGAGGCCCCCUCCCCUGGAGCCUACCCCCAUGGAGGUGCCCUCUCCGCGGGAGGUGCAGCAGUGGCAGCCAGGGACUGCCUCCACGCUGCCCCAGAGAGAGCCCCCCAGGGAAGCCCAGAGGGAGGCUGGAGGAGACCUAGCCCAGGCCCAGGCAGCCAAGCUCAGCAGCUCACAGGAGUCGCUGCUGGACUCCAGAGGACACCUAAAACAGAGCAACAACCCUUACGCCAAGUCCUACACACUGGUAUAACAGCAGGCGUACGCCCAUACUCUCUGAACUACUGAACUACUGCAGUUACCAGGACACUGGACAAUGGAUAUGGACAUUUUUGGGCAACAACUGAUGUUGUACAUAGAUCUAUUUCUGAACUCCAGUGGAUGAGUUUCUUCGAUCCUCUCUAUUCUUUCUAUCUUUUCUCUCUUAUUUCUCUCUUUCUCUCUUUCAUUCUUGCUCUCUUCCUUUCUUUCUGCCUGGUUCUCUCUGUUGCUUUCUGUCUUUCCUUUUGUUCCCUUCUUCUCCUGGCUGUUUUGAUUUCUCACAGUUUUAUUUUCUAUGCGAGUAUUCUUUUAUUAAAAAUGUCACCAUAUGAAGAUUGCCAAAAUGAUUUAUUUAAAUUUGACAGAGAAAAAUACUAUUGAAUUUAUAUCGAGGAUAAUUAUAGUCAUUAUUAUUAUUAUAUAAAAAAUAAAAAAAAACAUCUAAAAACAAGAGCGAGGAAAAGAAAAGGACUGGAGCUCUCGGCAGGAGGACAACGCUUUCUUAAUUUAUUUCUUUUUUGUAUGUCGCAGUGUGAUCACAACAAUGAUUGGGUAGCUGACGUUUUUUCAAAAAAAGGGAGGAGCCAAGGAAGAGAACUGCAGUGAAGUGGGUCUGUGUCCGUUACAGUCCCACCUGUCUAGUUCCAAUGCUUCGAUUUUUAACCUUUCCGAUGACUGCAUGGCGACUGAUCAAAUGACAAUUAAUAAGAAAGGCUGGAAAUCCAAAAAGAAAAUCCUUUUUUUUUGUCACACUAUUGAAAUGAAACAAUGUGAAUACAUAUAAAGAGAUCACUUUUAUUUGUGGAUAUUACAGGGAAAAUGAUUUGGUUAAUAAAGUCCUUAGUCAUGUUUGCACA